AAUCACGUGAGCAGGGUCCAAGAUGGCGGCGGGGGUGGCCGGGUGGGGGGUUGAAGCAGACGAGUUCGAGGAUGCACCUGAUGUGGAGCCGCUGGAACCCACGCUUAGCAAUAUCAUCGAGCAGCGUAGCCUUAAGUGGAUCUUCGUCGGGGGCAAGGGUGGCGUUGGUAAGACCACCUGCAGCUGCAGCCUGGCAGUCCAGCUAUCGAAGGGACGGGAGAGUGUUCUGAUCAUUUCCACGGACCCAGCUCACAACAUCUCAGACGCUUUCGAUCAGAAGUUCUCCAAGGUGCCUACCAAGGUCAAAGGCUAUGACAACCUCUUUGCUAUGGAGUUGAGGCCCCCUCUGGGAGUCCGUCAUCGCAGCAGCCUGAGUCUGGUCCCCUCGGCCCCCAGGAGAUAGACCCCAGCCUGGGCGUUGCAGAGCUCCCCGACGAGUUCUUCGAGGAAGACAACAUGCUGAGCAUGGGCAAGAAGAUGAUGCAGGAGGCCAUGAGCGCCUUCCCUGGCAUCGAUGAAGCCAUGAGUUAUGCUGAGGUCAUGAGGCUGGUGAAGGGCAUGAACUUCUCCGUGGUAGUGUUCGACACAGCACCCACCGGCCAUACACUCAGGCUACUGAACUUCCCUACCAUCGUGGAGCGGGGCCUGGGCCGCCUGAUGCAGAUCAAGAACCAGAUCAGCCCCUUCAUCUCACAGAUGUGCAACAUGCUGGGCCUGGGGGACAUGAAUGCUGACCAACUGGCCUCCAAGCUGGAAGAGACGUUGCCUGUCAUCCGAUCCGUUAGCGAACAGUUCAAGGACCCUGAACAGACAACGUUCAUCUGUGUGUGCAUCGCCGAGUUCUUGUCCUUGUACGAGACGGAGCGGCUGAUCCAGGAGCUGGCUAAGUGCAAGAUCGACACCCACAACAUCAUCGUCAACCAGCUUGUCUUCCCUGACCCUGAGAAACCCUGCAAGAUGUGUGAGGCUCGACACAAGAUCCAGGCCAAGUACCUGGACCAGAUGGAAGACUUAUAUGAAGACUUUCACAUUGUAAAGCUGCCACUGUUACCUCACGAGGUUCGGGGAGCCGACAAAGUCAACACCUUCUCUGCCCUCCUCCUGGAGCCCUACAAGCCCCCCAGCACCCAGUAGCCACCCCCAUCCCUGCUGCUGCCACUUCAUACCCUCCUCUUUCCCCAUGGGGCAGAGUUUGCACAACCCCCAUAAUGCAGGGGGCCACUUAGGAGGUGGGAGGGGGUCUGUUCCCCCUGGUGGGGCCUGGGGAGGCUGCAAUGCCCCCCACCUCUUCCUGCCUCACACUCCUCAAUAAAAUAAUGUUAAACA